UUGAAACUGUCUGGAGCUGACAGAUGGUCGGUUUCAGAUCACACUUGUAAAGAAUACAGAAGCGAGAGGGACCAAAAAUCUCAAUAGGACUGCAUUGGGAGUUUGAUGGGACUUCACUGACACAGAUUAACAGACGGCACUCAUGGAGAGAAAUAUGACUUCCUCCCUGCUCACUGGCAAUCACAGCCACACCAACAGCACUUGUUCCCGCGACAAUGCUUUGAAGACAGUGGUUUUUCCCGUCCUCUACUCCUUUCUCUUCCUGGUGGGGCUUAUGCUCAACAGCGUGGCUGUAUGGGUGUUUUUCCGCAUCCCCUCUAAGUCUCACUUCAUUAUUUACCUGAAGAAUAUUGUGGUUGCGGACGUCGUCAUGACCUUCACAUUCCCUUUCAAGGUGUUAGCAGACUCGAACAUGGCUUCCACUGGGCUGCGUAUAUUUGUGUGCCGCGUCUCUUCUGUGCUCUUCUACCUCACCAUGUACAUCAGCAUCCUCUUCUUCGGCCUCAUCAGCAUCGACCGCUGCAGAAAGACCCUCAAGCCCUUUAGAGGGACUAACGCAGCCCGGUUGGCCCGUCGCAAAAUCCUUUCAGGAGCCAUCUGGACCUUUCUGCUGGUUAUCUGUUUGCCUAACGUCAUCCUGACCAGUAAAACCCCAACGUCUCCUUAUUUCAAGUGCAGUGACCUGAAGACUAAGGCUGGGCUGUACUGGCAUGAGGUGGUAAAUCAUGUCUGUCAAGUUAUUUUCUGGAGCAACCUUGUGACUGUGAUCGUCUGCUACACUUUAAUCACCAAGGAGCUGUACAGAUCCUACUCCCGCACUAAGGCCCACAGUGCUGGAGGGACGAUAUGUCGAGCACCAGGAGAGGCAUCGACUCGGAAACCCCACCAGGCCAAAAGAAAAAUGAAUGCAAACGUGUUUCUGGUUCUGGCUGUGUUCUUUGUGUGCUUCGUGCCAUUUCACUUCGCCCGUGUGCCGUACACCAUGAGCCAGACCCGAGGGGUUCUCUUUGACUGUAAACUCAAACUCUUCUUCUUCCAGCUGAAGGAAAGCACACUCUUCCUCUCAUCCUUAAACUCUGUUCUGGACCCUCUCAUCUACUUCUUCCUCUGUAAGUCCUUCAGGACCACUCUGUUCAAGACCCUGCGGCUGCCGGCUGGGACCUGUAGCUGGCUCACAGGGAGAGGGUCAGACUCGGACACAGGCAGCACCGCACUGAGAGACUCUUCUCUCCAUGCAUAAAACCACUGGACAUGAUGAAGACUUUUGUAUUGGGGUAUCUGAACAUUGAAGUUCUGUGAUGAUGUCCUAACCCAGUCUGCAGAAAACAUGGCGGCAUUGCACGUCUCUGCAAACCACAGAUACUUAACAUUUAUGGUAUUAUGUGGCAGAUGUUGAAACUUUACAUUUCAACAACUCGGUGUACCCCGACUCUGGCCUAAUGUUAGCUGGGAUAGGCUCCAGCCCCUUCACGAUCCCUAACAGGAUAAGUGGUUACAGAAAAUGAAUGAAUGAGGUUAACGUGUGGUUAUGUUUAGGCACAAAGACAACUCAGUUUUAAUUAGGAAUAACAACCCCCGCUGGAAAUGCAACAAUUUCUCUUUUAAAAACAACUGGUUUUCAUGGCACUAUCCCCAGUGGAAGAACAGUGACAGAGUGGACCUGCACUUGUAUGUCACUUGUAUAGCGCCUUUCUAGUCAUCCGACCACUCAAAGC